AUGGGGCCCACCCUGGCGGUUCCCACCCCAUACGGCUGUAUUGGCUGUAAACUGCCUCAGCCAGACUACCCACCGGCUCUGGUCACCUUUAUGUUCUGUGCGAUGGUCAUCACCAUCGUUGUAGACCUGAUCGGCAAUUCCAUGGUCAUCUUGGCCGUGUCAAAGAAUAAGAAGCUCCGCAAUCCUGGCAACAUCUUCGUGGUCAGCCUCUCCGUGGCAGACAUGCUGGUGGCCAUCUACCCCUACCCUCUGAUGCUUCAUGCCAUGGCCAUUGGGGGCUGGGAUCUGAGCCAGCUCCAGUGUCAGAUGGUCGGCUUCAUCACAGGGCUGAGUGUGGUCGGCUCCAUCUUCAACAUCAUGGCCAUUGCCAUCAACCGCUACUGCUACAUCUGUCACAGCCUCCAGUACGAACGGCUCUUCAGUGUGCGCAACACCUGCAUCUACCUGAUCGUCACCUGGAUCAUGACGGUCCUGGCUGUCCUGCCCAACAUGUACAUUGGCACCAUCCAGUACGAUCCUCGCACCUACACCUGCAUCUUCAACUACCUGAACAACCCUGUCUUCGCUGUGACCAUCGUCUGCAUUCACUUCGUCCUCCCCCUGCUCGUAGUGGGCUUCUGCUACAUCAGGAUCUGGACCAGAGUGCUGGCCGCCCGGGCUGUGGCUGGACAGAACCCAGACAACCAGCUGGCUGAGGUGCGCAAUUUCCUAACCAUGUUUGUCAUCUUCCUCCUCUUUGCAGUGUGCUGGUGCCCUAUCAACGUGCUCACUGUCCUGGUGGCUGUCAGCCCAAAGGGGAUGGCAGACAAGAUCCCCAACUGGCUGUAUCUUGCUGCCUACUUCAUAGCCUACUUCAAUAGCUGCCUCAACGCUGUGAUCUACGGGCUCCUCAAUGAGAAUUUCCGAAGAGAAUACUGGAUCAUCUUCCAUGCGAUGCGGCACCCUGUCCUCUUCAUCUCUGGCCUCAUCACUGACAUCCGUGAGACUCGGGAAGCCCGUGCCCUGGCCCGUGCCCGCGCCCGCGCCCGAGACCAAGCCCGUGCGCAAGCCCGUGCCUGCCCUGCUGUGGAGGAAACACUAAUGAGUGUCCGGAAUGUUCCGCUCCCCGGUGACGCUGCAGCUGGCCAGCCUGACCGUGCCUCUGGCCUCCCCAAGCUGGCCACUGGCUACUCCAAGUCUGCACUGGGCCACAAGUCUGCUGCGGGCCACUCCAAGUCUGCCACUGUCUACCCUAAGCCUCCCUCUGUCCACUUCAAGCCCGCCUCUGUGCACUUCAAGGCUGACUCUGUCUACUUUAAGCCUGCCUCUAGCCACCCCAAGCCUAUCACUGGCCACCACUUCCCUGCUGGCAGCCACUCCAGGACUGUCUUUGGCCCUGCCACCAGCCACUCCAAACCCACCACGGGCCACAUCAAGCCUGCUACCAGCCUCUCUGAGCCCACCGCUGCUGACUACCUUGAGUCGGCCACCACUGGCCGCCUUGAGAUCACCACCCCCUGCCACCGUGAGACCACCACCACCACCGGCCCCCUUGAGUCUGACAUCGCUGAGCCUGUCUCCAGUUCUGCCAGUGGGUCCCCCGAGCCUGCUGCCAGCCAGCUGGAGCUUGCCAUCGCUGCUGGCCUUCCCGAGAUUGUGGUGGUUGAUGUCGAAGCUGAUUCUGAUGAAGUGGCUGUGUAA